AUGACAGCCCUUCAUUGUGAUGGGUCUUUGACGGCUGAUAGAGCUUCUUAUGGUGGGAUCAUUCGUGAUGACAUAGGGGCUGCUAUUAUGGCUUAUGCUGGGAAGGGGGACGAUAAUUCUAUUCUUGGCAUGGAACUUCUUGCUAUCCUUGGGGGAGUCACUUUAUACAUUCAAAAGGAUCUCCUUCGGGUUUCUAUUAGAUCUGAUUCAAAACUUGCAGUGGAUAUUUUGAAUGGGAUAGUGAGCUGUCCUUGGAGCUUGCAGACCUUAAAGGUCCGGAUCACAUCUCUAAUGGAGCAAUUGCAACGUAAGGAGAUUCGACAUGUUUGGAGGGAGCUCAACCAACCGGCAGACUUUGUUGCAGCCAUUGACACUGGGGAUGGGGAAUCUUUUCUCUACCCCCCGGAUUUCCCCCCGGAAUUAGUGGAGUUGAUCAAGAAUGACUCAAACCGUAAGACCUACUUUAGGAGCCCUUCACAAUGA